AUGAAUCGUUAUCAAGAUACUCAUUCGAACGUCGUUCCACUAGCUGGAUUCGAAGCAGCAACGAAAAAGCGAAAAAUGCAUUCAACAGCAUACUGCCGAGGAGGAAGUGUUCAAGCGGCAAAACGUUUGAAAUAUGAACAAGUCCAGAUUAGGAAAAAUCUAUUCAUUGAAAUUAACCAACUGGAAGAACAAAAUACAUAUUUGCAAAAAGAAAUAACUGAAUUAAAAUCGAGACAACAAUCUUUAAGAUCAAAUUUACUUGCAAUUAUCUCAUCAAAAGAAAAUAUGGCAGGAAACAAGACAGAAGUACUCUAA